CUUGGUUGUUGGAGGGCACGGAGCGACGGGAGCUCCCUUCGAUAGCCGAGAUGCUGAGGUAAUGCUCAAUGAGAGCGGUGGACGCAAACAAAUGAAUCGUAGCUGCAGGCUGGAGUAAUAUCAGGUGCAUCUCUACACCCCGAGGGCUCAACUCCUACACGCUCAGGUCCCUCCCCUGGAACAGCCUCCUGCAGUUUCACUCAGGGCUCAGGCAGAGAACAGGUACUGCUCUCCCAGCAGUGACAGCUCCAGCUCAGCGCCCGCCCGGCAGCCCUCGGACACCGCAGUGCCCGUUCCUGCACCAGCAGUGGCAAAGCCUUGUUUUCUGGCACCCUGUUCCCUGAGACACCGUAGGAGCUGGCUGCUUCUCCUCACCUGGGAAGAAGGACUCUAGAAACCUGAAAAACCGGAAACAUCACGAGGCUAAAACUGAGGGAAGCCAACCACAAGAAAGUUUUUAUAAAGAGCCAUUACAUUUAAUUGUUUAAAGCCGAAAAAAAAUGAGUCUCCUCAAAGAACGUAAACCCAAGAAGCCUCAUUACAUCCCAAGACCACCAGGAAAACCAUUCAAGUACAAGUGCUUCCAGUGCCCCUUCACUUGCAAUGAGAAAUCCCAUCUCUUUAACCACAUGAAGUACGGCCUCUGCAAAAACUCCAUCACUCUGGUGUCAGAGCAGGACCGCGUCAUCAAAUGUCCAAAGAGCAGCUCCCUGGAGCCCAAACAGAUCAAUCAGCUCGAAUCCACCGUCAAACCAACUUCUUCUAAAUCUGUCACAAACGGACUGCCAAGCCUCGACUCAAAGCCUCAAUAUCCUUUUACAAAAGAAGAUGCCAAGGAAAAUGUUGAGUUACAAAACCAGGCAACGAACGCAGCAAUUCAAGGACAAAAACCGGCGAUUCCGAAGGAAUUAAGCCCUGCCAGCUCCGCAGCUGAAGGGGCCAUCAGCGUGCAGCCCCUGAUGGAGGGCAUGGUGAGGCCCUCAGCCUUCGUUCCUGUCGGAGAACAUCGAGACAGCAAAGGCCCAGAAAUCACUGAGGCAUCUGAAAUCCUCUCCCUCUCUAACAAAAGUUCUCCUUUCCACACCAAGUCUGCGUUUCACGCACCAGCCCACCCGUGGAAGGCAGGUUCUUUCCUUCCAGAAUUUCCACAUAAAGUUGCUCCCACAAAAGGCUUUGGUUCCAUUUCACCUUACAUGCAACCAAUGAUUCCUGAGUACUCACCCCAUUUCUAUGAGCACCGGCUUGCAAUCUACACACCUUACCUGCUCCCAGGUAACUCAGAGUGUGAAAGUUCUGCUCUCUCUGUCUACGGAACACAGGAUCAGAGACACUUUCUUCCCCACCCUGGGCCACUUCCAAAACCCCUAAAUCCAUCAGCAUAUGAACACUAUCGGUUGUUCCAACAAUACCACUCCACUCCACCAAUACCAUAUGGAUUUUGUAGGCCAACAGAUCCUCCAUUUUACAGAUUUUCACACGUAGCUGGUAUUAAUAGGGAUCAAAACUCUCAUCUGAUGGAAGAAACUACCUUGCUGUACCCAGCUUCUUUAAGCCCUUCCCAACAAUACCCUCUAAGUUCACAUAAAAAACCAGCAGAUUAUGAAAAAGAAAUGACGUUAUUGCAUGCCAAAGGUAACCCUAAGGAUGACCAAAAUGAAAGAGAGAAUGCCAAAAUGAGCCCUCUUGCAGGAAGUGCAGCAACAGGCUCCCCUGGCAGACCCAGCCCCACCAACUUCACCCAGACAAGCCACACGUGUGAGGGUUUGUUUGACCUCUCCAACAAGUCAUCGUCCACAUCCCUGGGCAAAUAUGACCAGGCAGAAGAAAACUUCACAGCCUUCAGACCUGUGAGGAAAAGCACUGACCAACCGCCUUCCCUUCAAGGUGUGCAGGCACAGCAGGAGAGAGGGGAUUCACCUAACAGCAUUAAUGUCACUGAUGAAGACUCACACACACAGACCGACGGCCAGAACAACGCGGGUUCACUGUCCAACAUGGAAGAAGACACAGGGAUAGCCCCCCUCAACCUUUCAAAAAAGGCCGACACAAGCACAGGACCUACUCACGAGCACACGUACAAAACCCCAUCCAAAACAGACAGGCAGAGCUUCCUGGAAAUGCAGGACGUGCCCCUGAACCUGUCGGUAAAGGACUCCUGUAACACAGCCAGCAUGAAAACAUCCUUCCACAGCCCACCCCACGACAACGGCGCCGCUGCCGCUUCUCCCAGCGCCGAGAAGGAGAGCUCCGGAGCGGAGCCGUGCGUCCCCAAGAACCCCGGCAGUGGCACAGGUGACAAACCCUUCACGGCGCAGCGCGGUGACACUGCGGACUUGGGGCUGAUGGAGGGCUGUGACGAGCAGAAGCAGACGGCGGCUGUGGCUCUGUGCCAGCUGGCUGCCUACAGCCCCGGCACGGCGCGGCUGGACAGCGACGGGCACGGCGCGCAGGACGGGCACGCCGCGCCCGCCGAGGCCGCCGCCGACGCUCAGGAGAGUCCCUGCAAUCCCAAGGGGAAAGGACAAAAAAGGACAAACCAAAGAGAGUCGGCGAAAUCCCAGCAAGGCGCUAAGAGGGUCAGGCCCAAUGACUGCAGCAGAGUCUUCACUUUGAGGAAGAGAACAAGAGUGUCCUAAUCCUCCUCCUUCCAGUGAGCUUCUGGUUGACCCAGCAUCGUCGUGAAAUUUCUACAAACCCUCACUCAUUGGGCUUGGCCCGUGACAAGAUACAUUCAAUCUCUCCACUGUAAAUAAUGUUCAUAAUUUUAUAUUAAUAUUUUUAAGUAAUUGAACUUUGCCUUGUACAAGCUCAGGUUUUGAUGAGUGAAUUUUUGCAUUCAUUACUAAGGCCAAAGUAAUUUAGAUGAAUCUUCAAAGGGUUUUUGCAAUUGUAUGAUGUAAAAUAACUUUUACAACUUCUUUUCUUAACAGAUGUUUAAGCUCUAGAAACAAUAUUGCUCGAUAACAUACUGUCGUAGUCUUUUUUCAGCCUUAACUUCAUCUAAUGGAGGGGUUUUUUUGGUCUUUUUCUUCUUUUGAAAACCUUUUUAUGUCACUGUGCAGUAGUUUAAACAAGCUUAAGAUUAAAACUGGCUUUUGAGAAUAUCCUGUAAAAACUGCUCUGUGUAUGGAUGCACUUUGCCAUUGUGCCCUAAGACAUAACAACAGAGCAAAUUUAGUUACUCAGAGGCAGAUGCCACUUUAAAUAAACUGCCUCAAACCCUGUGUAAGUGACCUCUUCUUGCACUGACUCACAACGAGAUUCAACUCAAACCAAAGAAAGCCUGCACAGGUUUAAUAAAUGCAGUUUAUGUUCAACUUUAAGUGAAUCACUAUGAAAACAACACUAAAAAUAUGAAGAACUAAGCAAUCCAUGUGCCUGCUUUGCUGAGGUUACACAGACACUGGGCAGCCUUCAAACUCCAGGCCUAAAAUGUUAUUUAUAUAAUUUAUUUCACCUGAGGCAAACUCUCCUGGUGAAGGUCUUGUUUCAGUACCUGUGUAUCACUCACUAUCAGUUUGUGUCCUUCUACAUACAGCCAUAAACUAUUUCCUACUUCUAUAUCUGUGUAUAUAAACUGGCAAUUUUUCAAAUAAAUCUUGUGAUCGGUA